CGGUGACGAAGCAGACUCUAUAUUUCGCAUUCCUUGUAAGCAAAUUUACCAAGGCAUGGAGAAUCCAUCGACCCCAGUGACCGCGGAUUUCUCUUCUUCUCCUCCGAAACGUACAAAGAUAGUCCUCCUUGGUGAUCAGAGUGUCGGGAAGACCAGUUUGAUUACAAGAUUCAUGUAUGAUACUUUUGAUAACACGUACCAGGCGACUAUCGGCAUUGACUUCUUGAGCAAGACGAUGUAUCUGGAAGACCGAACGGUGCGGUUACAGCUUUGGGAUACUGCAGGACAGGAACGUUUUCGAUCGCUAAUACCAUCAUAUAUUCGAGAUUCAUCGGUUGCAAUAGUCGUUUUCGACAUAACAAACCGACAAUCAUUUCUUUCGACCUCUAAAUGGAUUGAUGAUGUUCGGUCGGAACGAGGGAACGAUGUGAUAAUUGUGCUGGUCGGGAAUAAAGCAGACUUGUCGGAUAAGCGACAAGUAACUCUUGAAGAAGCUACCUCAAUGGCAACAGGACUCAACAUCAUGUUUAUGGAGACUUCAGCUAAAGCGGGACAUAAUGUUAAAACAUUGUUCAAGAAGAUAGCAAUGUCAUUACCUGGAAUGGAGAAGGAAGGUCAAGCUGAACAGAAUGCUAAAAUCGACGUCACAACAACCGCAACGAAUGAGGUACCAGAAGCCUCUGAGUGCAAUUGCUAGUCCCCAAUUACAUUGCUCACCCCUACGACAUUCUCCUUAUCCACCCACGUCUGCAAAUAUUUGUUUUUCGGUGUACCAUGGUAUACCGCCAUCGAUCACUGUGUUAUAGCAGCAUUGCCAAUAUGAUAAUUACUCUCCUG